AUGGUGGAGGACGGCGGCGAGGAGGAGGCGGAGGGGGAGAGCGGGGAGGUGCCGGCGGCGCCGCAGCAGCAGCAGCGCUGCAAUGGCUUCCUGCCCGGCAAGGAGGCGGCGGGCGGCGGGCAGCAGGCGGCCCCGGCGGCCCCGGAGGCCGAGGAGAUGCUGGCGGCGGGCGGCGAGCGGCGGGAGGCGCGGCUGGAGACGCGGCUGUCGCGGCGGCGGCUGGCGGUGCUCGCCGUGUUCAGCUGCUACUCGCUGGUGAACGCCUUCCAGUGGAUCCAGUACAGCAUCCUCAGCAACGUCUUCGCCGGCUUCUACGGCGUGUCCUUCACGCAGAUCGACUGGCUGUCCAUGGUGUACAUGGUGGCCUACGUGCCGCUGAUCCUGCCGGCCACCUGGCUGCUGGACGCCCGCGGGCUGCGGCUCACGGCGCUGCUGGGCGCGGGGCUCAACGCGCUGGGCGCCUGGCUCAAGUGCGGCAGCCUGGCCCCGCAGCGCUACCCGCUCACGCUGGCCGCGCAGGCCGUGUGCGCCGUGGCACAGGUCUUCAUCCUGGGGCUGCCCUCCCGCAUCGCCUCCGUCUGGUUCGGCCCCACCGAGGUCUCCACCGCCUGCGCCGUGGCCGUGCUGGGCAACCAGCUUGGUACUGCAAUUGGCUUCUUGCUGCCACCUGUUUUGGUCCCAAAUACACCGAAUGACAUUGAUCUUAUGGCACACAACAUCAGCAUCAUGUUCUACGGAACAGCGAUAGUGUCCACACUUCUGUUCUUCUUAGCAGGAGUCGUGUUUGAAGAAAAGCCUAAAUACCCUCCCAGUCACUCUCAAGCAGUCCUGCAAACUAAGCCUCCUGAGGAUUACUCCUACAAGCAGUCCAUUAUUAACUUGUUCAGAAAUAUUCCAUUUAUACUUUUGCUAAUCAGUUAUGGUAUUAUGACUGGGGCAUUUUACUCUGUCUCCACAUUAUUAAACCAGAUGAUAGUAACUCAUUAUGAGGGAGAAGAAGUGAACGCUGGGAGAAUUGGCUUGACACUGGUGGUGGCAGGAAUGGUGGGUUCGAUUAUUUGUGGUUUGUGGCUGGAUUACACUAAAACAUACAAGCAAACUACUUUGAUUGUUUACAUUCUCUCUUUCAUUGGGUUGCUGGUGUUUACCUUCACCCUGGACCUCGGAUACCUUAUAGUGGUGUUUGUGACUGGAGGAGUGCUUGGGUUCUUCAUGACUGGCUAUCUUCCACUUGGGUUUGAAUUUGCUGUGGAAAUUACAUAUCCAGAGUCUGAAGGCACUUCCUCAGGUCUCCUCAAUGCAUCAGCACAGAUAUUUGGAAUUAUCUUUACACUUGUUCAAGGAAAGCUCACAACAGACUACAGUCCUCGUGCAGGAAACAUCUUUCUUUGUGCUUGGAUUUUUGUGGGCAUUAUUUUAACAGCCUUAAUAAAAUCAGAUUUGCGAAGACACAAUGUAAAUUCAGGGAUUAUGAACUUGGACGUUAAAGCUGUACCAGUUGACAGUCCUGUAGAACCUGAAAGCACUACAUUAAAGAUUCAGUCAGCCUUAUGAAGCUGAAGGAAGGUGACUCAAAAAUGCACAAGUUUGGUUAGAUAUGGAAUGAUAUGAGCUAGUGUAAUCACUGGAUUUGUGUGUAUGAGUAGUGACAUGUGUUUGUUGAUAUUGGUGGUAGUUGUGUACUGGAAGCUAUGAAAAUGCUCAGUUCAUUUUGCUCAAGAUGCAAAGAAUUCACCUUUGUAUGGAAUAUUUAUUUUAACAUUUUCAAGUCUUGCAGUUUGAUUAGUAAAGAACUGUGUGAGCACUCUCCAAAGUAGGGAGAUGUGCAUUCAGGAUGCAUACUUGAAAAAAAUCAGGAGUCUUGAAGUACAGUUGUCAUGAUCAGAAGUAUCUAAUCAUCUUUUAUGCUUCAUUCUUGCUGGUGCAUUUGAAAAGUCAAAGAGUAGGGAAAUGCACAGCAGGAGGAUGUUCACGAGUUCAUUUUUUUAUUUUAAAUGUAUCUGUAUUUGAAUAUAAGCCAAUGAUUCCUUCUGGGAAAGUGAUAGCACAAUACUGAAAACGAGAGAUGACGAGUGUGUUUCAUACUGGCAUCUGACAUUUCUUUUGCCUUGAAACUUCUUUAUAGGUAUCAAAAGGCAGAUAAGAGAAAACACUGUUUUUGCUAUAGCUUCAUUGUAGCAUUUCUGGGGAGAUUCAAAAAGUUUCUCACUAGAUAAGUUGGAGACAAAACAUUUCUUAUUAAAUACAGUAAAAAGGAGGACAAAGGCCUUUGAUAUCUCUGCUAUGAAAUAUUUAUAAGCAAUGGAACACUACCACACAAGUUUCCUCCACAGAAUAUUUUGAGUGCUUUCUCAUUUAAAGAGAGAGAAGUACGUGUUUACAAAGAGCCAGUGCCUUUACUUUGUAAAGAAGAUCCCUGCCUCAUCUUGAGUUUAAUCAGUGCUGCUGAAGAAAUUCCAUUUUGUGUGUUAAACCUCUGAAUAUUUGUGGAGUAUCAGAAAAUGUGUUCUGUCCUUUUUAUGAAUUGUAUCACUUGUCUCGUGUGAAAUUCUUGUGCUUGUGUAACUGAAAUCAUGUCUUUUACAGUUAGGUAAAAGCUGUAAGGAUGACUGAAAAGAAAAUAGUGAUAUUUUCACUAUUUCUGAUCAAAUAUUUUCUUUUAUACCAUUUUAGCUGCAAAAUGAGCAGACAUUAUUAACAGUAACUUUUUGUUACUUCAUUUUUCUGUAUUUGGGAUGGGGUUUUUUUCAGUUCAGUGCUUUUGAAAAUUUUCUCCUUUACCUUGUGCUCUAUCUACACACCCACAGAACUGAUAGCACUACAAUACUAUUAUUGCUGGGAAAGUCAGACCUGGGUCAGUGGACUUCUUGGAAACAUUUCAUUUUUAGCUCAGCACAGUGAGCCUGCAAGUUCAGUGGCAUCAGUGCUGCUGUGUCUCCAAGUUCCCACAGAUGCAGUGCCAUCCAGAAGGUGCAAUCCUGCUCCAAGUUUUCCACAGGUUGUUACAGCUGGGGAUGGGGAAUUAUUUGACUCUGUGCUGGGCUAGUUGAUUUUCUUCACAGUGGCUGGCAGGGGGCUGUGUUUUGGAUUUGUGCUGAACACAGGGCUGAUAAUACAGAGAUGUUUUAUUCUUGCUGAGCAGGGCUUACGCAGAGCCGAGGCCUUUUCCGCUUUUCAUAGGUCAGAAAAGGUGAGGAAGUUGGGAGUGCCUGGGAUGCUGGGAGGAGACACAGCCAGGACAGGUGACCCCAGCUGACUGAAGGGAAAUUCCAGACCAUAGGACAUCAUGUUCAGUGAUGUCUGGGGGGCAGAAGGAGGAAGGGAGGAAUGUUUGGAGUGAUGGUGUUUUCUUCCCAAGCAGCCGUUGCACUUGCUGGGGAUGGCUGAGCACCUGCCUGCCCAUGGGAAGCAGUGAAUUAAUUCCUUGUUUUUCUCUGCUUGUGUGUGGCUUCUGCUUCCCCCAUGAAGCUCCUUUUUUUUUUCUGCCAAAGAUACUUGGCUACCUUCUGAAAAGGUUGAAAGAAGAUUUUAGCUGGCUGGAAACCCUGCUGGGUCCCUGAAAAGAAAAUAUUCCUAAUAACGAAGGCUUAAUUACAUCCUGGAUUUAAUAUUCCCCUUCUAAAAGAAGCUUGAAAGUUGGAAACCUAUGAGCUAUUUUCAGGCAAUGAUGAAGUAUUUAAAUGUAAGGCUCAGCAGCAGAAUCAAGAGCAAAUAAAGAACAAAUCAGUAUUUUUUAUGCAAUAGUCUUAUUAUCUUAUCAAGAAAUUAAAGUUCUAGAUCAUGGCAGAAAUAAAUUUGGAGUAGUUGAGGCUUUGUGGUUUUUGCUUUUAAUUUUUGGAUUUUAGCAGAAAACAUCCACUCAAUCAAACAUAGAAUCACAGAAUGUUAAGAGGUUGGAAGGGACCUUAAAGACCAUCUGGUCCCAACCCCCCUGCCAUGGGCAGGGACACCUCCCACUGGACCAGGCUGCUCCAGGCUCUAUCCAACCUGGACUUGGACACUGCCAGGGCUGGGGUGUCCACAACCUGCCUGGGCAGCCUGUUCCAGUGCCUCACCAUCCUCACAGUAACAAAUCUAUUCCUGAUACCUAAAUUAAAUUCCCGCUCUUUCCAUUUGUACCCAUUUCCUCUUGUCCCAUCACUACAAUUCCUGACACAGUCCCUCCCACUUCCCUGUAGUCUCUCUUCAGAUAAUGGAAGGUUGCUGUAAGUUCUCCAUGCAACCUUCUUAGCCUCGAAAUUCCACAUGCAUCUGGAAUUGCAAAUAGGGGUUCUGACUCUUAGCUUUCAGAUCCUGGCUCAGCCCCCCAGCAAGAGUAGAGCUGGGGACUAAAAAUCCUAAUUGUUUAAAAAAGUAAUUGUAUCAUGAAUGGAAUUGCACAUCAGCUAGGAGAGGAUGGUGCAAGAAACCAAGUGAGAACAGGCAUCCCAGUCCCAUGCAUCAGCUUCUGCUUUUCAAUUUGCUUUUUUUCUGAGUGUUUCAGGAGAGCUCUGGAGGAUGCAAGAGAACACACACAAGGCACACAGUAGGGAGCAUAAACAAGGGGACUGCCCCCCAGUAACAUCUCUUUCUGUUGCUAAAUGCCCAUGGUUUAUGAGGAAGAAAGAACAAGGGAGGAAGUAGCAACAAUACAUAGGAAUAAUUUCAGAUUAAUAGUGAUGCCUUGAGAGGCUACCUAGAACAGAGGCUAGACAGUGUAAAAGGAAUAAAGUAAAUAAGUAGGUAUUUGUUAAAAAGGCCUUCCAAGGAAGCACCUUGGGCAGUACAAGAGCCCAGCCAGGGCUACACCCAAGAUGGGCGAUGGGUCACACAUUUUCACACUUUUGUAAGUUUUGGUCCAUUUACAUAUUGGGGUUAAUUGUCCAGUUACAGCUUCAGGUUAUGAAGUCCCAUCCUCCCAGAUUGCUCUCCUCAGUUAUCUCUUUUGGGCCCAAAACUGCAAUGGUGUCCUGGGUUCUCAGGCUGGAAAAGGAUUGUUUUGUCAAAGUAAACUGUGAAGAGAAUUUGCUAACACUUCAUAUGAACUUCACAGUUAUACACUAAUGCAGUACAGAAUCUGGAAAAUAUGAAAGUUAAAACUUAAGGCAUCAAUAGGGCUUUUCAAACUUCAGCCUCUUGGUUAUCUCUUUUGUUCAAGGCAGUCUGUUGUUUCAGAGACAAUCAGUGGAGUGUGUAAUUAGAGCUGCCAACCUAUGUUGCCUAAUGAAAAAAAGUUUUUUUGAGAAAUAUUUGUACUACCUUGUGCAUCUACAACCAAGUGAAAUUUGGUUGAGAUGUAAACAUUUAUUGUUUUCCUUUUCCAUUUUGUGAACUCACUAGUUUUUCUGUGUGAAUGGGAGUGUGUGACCUUUACAGUUGCUGUCUUUCAAUACAUGUAUGUACAAUCCCAAGUGUUACAGGCUAUUGAUGUUUCAUGGAGCACAAGCUGUCAUUGUACACAAUAAUGUGUGAUUGCCCCAGCCCCACCAUUCGGUCUGAAUUCUGUGAAGAAGGAAGAAGUGAUGUUAAUGCAGGAACUGGAAUGAAUUAAGCAAAAAAAUUUCCUAAGAGAAAUGUAUUUCUGUGUAAGACCCAUGUUGUUUACUGCUUAUGCCUUUGUUCUACUCAUGAAGAUAACAAAUGUGUUUUACUGUAAUAUUUUGGUUUUGUUGAUGUCCAAUUCUUUAUUUCAAGAGAAAAUUAAAAGUUCUUAAUGAAUAUUCUCUGAUUGCAAUACUGUAUGUAUGUGUAUAUGUGGAUGGCAUCAUUCCUUCCCAUUCUACGUUACUAAUAAAGUGUAUAAUGCCUAAA